AUGUCCAAACCUUCACCAAUCAUCACCCGUUCGGGCUCUACAACUUCCACUACUUCUAAGAAAUUCACUUCGAACGAUGACAUCUUAAAAGCUUUUGAUCGUAUCCAAUCAUCUCAAGAUAAAUUAUUGGCUGGCCACAAAUCCUUAGGUACUGAUCUCAAAACGAGUAUCAACGCUCUUACUUCACGAUUUGAUUCUCUCUCACUCGACAUUUCUGAGCUCCGUACUAAAGUCGACCUCCUAGAAUCUAAGGUUCUACCUCUAGAGUCAAACACACCAAAUUCAUCAACUGUUCUAUUCACCCAAAUUUCAGAUGUCUUACAGGAAUUUACCUAG